AUGGAGCUAGAUCAGCUGGAAGAAGGAUGGGCAACAGUGCAGAUGGGGAUUACAAAGCUGAUUAAUAUUAUUGAAGGUGUUCCUGAAUCACCAAUGGACUCGGAAACUAGGAUGAAGAUGUACACAACAGUUUACAAUCUGGGAUCUCCUCCUUCUGAUUAUUCUGAAGAGCUUUACAAAAGGUACGAAGGCGUUUUUAAUGAUUACUUGAGUUCCAAAGUUUUACCAGCUAUUCAAGAGAACCGUGACGAUGAUGUAUCAAUGUUGGAAGAACUCGUAUAUAGGUGGGAUAAUCAUAAGGAUGCUGGGUUUGGUUGCUUUCGUAAAAUUGUCUAUGAGGCGAUGAAAGUUCGAGUUAAGGAUGCUGUUAUCACGCUGAUUAAUCAAGAGCGCGACGGAGAAGAAAUCGACCAAACUUUGCUCAUGGAAGUUUUAGAGAUUUUUCAAAAUAUGGAAUGUUAUGUGGAUGGUUUCGAAACGGCGUUUUUGGAUGACACAGUCGAUUAUUAUACCAAGAAAGUUUCAAAUUGGACUCCAGGAGACUAUACGGUGAAGGCUGAGGAAUGUUUGAAAAAGGAGAAAGAUAGGGUCUCUCAAUAUUUGCGCUACAGUACCAAGGAGAAGCUGUUGAAGGUCGUUCAAGAUGUUCUUAAUACUGUUUCAACAGUUGCUUGA